AUGGCCACUUCUUCGUCCGCUGGCUCCGCCAAGAAGAAAGACUUCAACAAGACCCCCCAAGAACUCGUCACCGAAUUCUGGGACCAGUUCUUCGUCAAGAAACCCGGAAAAGUUACUCGGAUCUUUCCACGCAGCCUCUAUGAGACUCUCCUGCCACCCUCCCAGCCACAAGGUGUCAGCUCCUCCCGCAAUGCCACGGAUAGCUACCAGGCCGCCGUCAAGGAAUGCAAGGAGAAGGUGAAGCGCAUUGUCAAGGAAUGCGAGCGCACCAACGAGAAGUUCACUGAUCCGGAUUUCGACAUUGAGGGUGACUUUGAAGUCCGGAACUGUCUCCACGGACUCACCCAUGACGCUGACUUGAAUGAAUUCUUCGGCGAGCUCCAAGAGCUGUACGACCUAGGAGCCGGCAAAGGCGCCAAAAAGGGCAUCAAGUCUCGCGGAGUUGCUCGCAGUGCCGAUGAUGCUCCCGAAGCGCCGGCACCCGAAGGAUCAAAAGGCCGACAUGAGGGUGUUAAGGCUGGCUGGCGUGAAACUUUCACCCCGGGCUCCGUCCAUCGCCUCGACUGGAUCUUUGAAUCGCCCCAGUGGACCAAGGACGGUUACUCCUCAUCCGAUAUCAAGCAGGGCUGUGACGGAGACUGCUGGUGGCUGGCUGCCGUGGCCACCAUCGCUCAUCGCAAGGAUCUCAUGGACAAAGUCUGCGUUGCCCGCGACGAGGAAAUCGGCGUUUACGGCUUUGUCUUCUUCAAGGACGGCGAGUGGAUUAGCACUGUGGUGGACGACAACCUCUACCUGACGGAAGAGGACUACAGGCACUACUAUGACGAGUACGACCCGACAGGGAAGAAGGGACGUAAGCACCGGAAAGACAAACAGACGGGGUCUGGGGCCCUUUACUUUUCCCAAUGCUCUGAUCCGAACGAGACGUGGCUGCCCCUCCUGGAGAAGGCAUAUGCCAAGGUUCACGGGGACUACGAAGCCAUUUCCGGCGGUUGGCCUGGCGAGGGCGUCGAAGACAUGACGGGCGGUGUGUCUGCCAUGCUGCAGUCGAACAGAGUGCUGCGGAAGGACAAGCUGUGGAAGGAGCUGGUGAAUUCGAAUGGCGACUUUGUCUUCUCGUGCAGUGCCCACGGCUAUGCCUCUACGAGAGGCAGCAUGGCCAACGGUCAUGCGUAUUCCAUUCUGAAAGCCACAGAGGAGGUUGACGAGGAUGGUAGGAAGGUCAGAUUGGUCAAGAUUCGAAACCCAUGGGGUGAGCGGACGUCGGCGGGAACUGGCGAGUGGGAUGGGCCUUGGUCGGACGGAUCUAAGGAAUGGACGCCCUAUUGGCUCAAGAAACUCGACCACAAGUUCGGUGACGACGGCGAGUUCUGGAUGUCGUAUCAAGACAUGUUGGAUAACUUUUUGUACCUCUAUCGCACCCGUCUCUUCGACGACAAAUGGACGGUCGUUCAGCAAUGGACCACUGUCACAGUUGGCUGGAUUGCUGGCUACCUGAACAAGAAGUUUGUCAUCGAAAUCAAGAAGGGAGGAACGGUGGUGAUUGUACUGAGCCAGCUCGAUGAGCGUUAUUUCCAAGGCCUGGAAGGACAAUACAUGUUCAUUCUCCACUUCGUUCUACAGGACAAGGAUGGACAGGAGCAGCUCUGCCGUGUGCGUCCUACCCUGAACUGGAGUUCCCGAUCAGUCAGCUGCGAACUCGAUCUCGAGCCCGGGCGCUACGAAGUCUUGCCGAAGAUUACGGUCGAACGGGAUACCAGCCAGCGUAUGGUUGAGGAUGUUGUCACCCGAUGGGCCGAGGAAAACCCUGCCAAACUCCGUCAAAUCGGCAUGCAGUAUGAUCUCGCCCACGCCAAGGGCGGCGUCCCCGAUGAGGACGAGAUCAUCACCCAGAGAAAAGAAGAAAAGAAGAAGAAAGAGGAGAAGAAGAAGGCCAAGGCCAAGGCCAAGGCCAAGGCCAAGCGCGAAAAGGAGCGUAGGGAGAAGAGGAAGCAGAAGCAGGUGCAGAUCACCAUCAACAUGCCUGAAGGAUCUACUGUGGAUACUUCCGGUACCGGUACAGAGCCUGACAAGAAGGAGGAAAAGAAGUCGACGGCUGAGGACAAGAAGGAGGAAGAGGAGAAGUUUGAGGAUGCCGUGGAGGAGAAGGCCAAGGAUGAUGAGAAGAUGAAGGAGGAACAACCCAAGAAGGUAAGUGCUCCUUCAUCCUCAUCCAAGAGCGCCGGAGACACUGCGGCUGGUGAAGGAAAGAAUACCUCUACUGAAAAGAAGGACGGUGAAAAGAAGGAAGAUGAUGCUGCUGCAGAAGAGAAGAAGACUGAGGAGAAGGUGUCAGGGGAAGAGAAGAAACAGAAGGAAGAAGAAAAGGUAGUUGAGGAGCCGAGGCCGACGGCGGCUGCCACUGAAGAGGUCGAGGAAGACCUGUCCGAAGAUGAGGAAGAAGAAGAGGAGGAGCCCAAGAUCGAAUAUGAGGAGGGCAAGAUUCCCUGGAACGCCGUCUGCGUCGUUGGGCUGAGGGUGUAUGCUCAGGAUCCCGAUGUCACGGUCACGCUGGCGACUCCGAACACUGCGGAGGAGGGUGCUAGUCUUGUUUUGGAUCAGCACGCUGUUGGGGCUACCAUUUGAGGACGUGGAUUGUGAGCCGGGUGGACUUUAUGAGAACAGGUUGGAGACUCUGAAGGAUACAAAAUACCUAGGCUGUAGUCAUGAUGUAAGGCAGAAAAUGAUCUCUUCUCCCG